UCUUCUCGCUCAUAAUUUCCGCCCUUUUUAGACGGCAUUUCGGGCCCUGCAAUCAUUGUAAAUUCCCCAAAACUUUGCCCUCGUUUGUUUGUUUCCUCUCACUGCUCCUGCGAAAAAAUAUCCGGUGAUAUUUUCUGGCCGAGUCUGGUUUUCCGUCGGCUGUUUCGUUUCAUUUUAAGCUGGAUUUUGGCCGUUAAGUUUCUGAAAAUCUCCGGAAUUUUGAGUUUCUGGUGAGGUUUGCGCUGUGUUGUUUGAUAAAUUGGGGAAUGUUGGAGAUUACGUUGCAAAACGCCAUGGAUUGGUGGGAGGAGGCGAAUAAUUCAAAGGUUUGGCAGGAUCGAAUAUUUUAUACGCUUGCAGGGCUCUAUGGUUUUGUUGGUGCUAUUGCUCUGAUUCAACUUGUUCGGAUAGAACUAAGAGUUCCAGAGUAUGGUUGGACAACACAGAAGGUGUUUCAUUUCCUGAAUUUUCUGGUGAAUACUGUUAGGUCAUUAGUCUUUGUGUUUAGGCGAAGCGUGCAACGUUUACAACCAGAGAUUCUCCAACAUAUCUUGCUCGAUAUGCCUGGUCUUGUAUUCUUCACGACAUAUGCACUCUUGGUUUUAUUCUGGGCUGAGAUAUAUUAUCAGGCACGCUCUGUAUCUACAGAUGGUCUUAGGACUGGUUUCAUGACAAUUAAUGGAGUGGUUUACGCAAUUCAGUUGGGACUGUGGUUGAUCUUGUGGUGGAAGCCUAUUCAUAUCCUGGUCGUCCUAUCGAAAGUUUUUUUUUGCAGGUGUAUCGUUGUUUGCUGCCUUUGGAUUCCUUCUCUAUGGUGGGAGGCUCUUCCUUAUGUUAGAAAGGUUUCCUGUGGAAUCCAAGGGAAGGCGCAAAAAGCUACAAGAGGUUGGCUAUGUGACUACCAUAUGUUUCACUUGCUUUUUAGUGAGAUGUGUGAUGAUGUUCUUUUGUGCCUUCGACAAAGCUGCAAAUCUUGAUGUUCUCAACCAUCCAGUUCUGAACUUCUUAUACUACGUGUUGGUGGAAAUUAUACCAUCAGUUCUCGUUCUUUUCAUCCUGAGGAAGCUACCUCCAAAGCGUGGGAUCACACAAUACCAGCCAAUCCGUUAAAAAGGGGUGAAAUGAGAGGCUUAUUCAGGUAUCAUAUGACCUCCUAAUUGGAGAGUUGGAUCACUGCUCCAACCAACAAAACGAGAGUCUAGAGAGACCAAUUGGAUGGUAUGGUUCCUGUAAUUUCUCAUGGUGGUGAGGGGUUGGAUUUUUGUGUAUCUGUAAUUACUUGUAGCGUUGUGAAUGUCGAAUUGUGGUGGACUUGAAAGCAAAUAUUUGUGUUUCUUGGCUUCGGAAAUCUGUUGUAAUCUUUGGAGAAUCGAGGCAUGGUUUCCUGAUGUGUAGAGAGAGAAUUGAGGUGAAAUUUGUAAGUUGCCAUUUGUAGUUAUGGGAAAUUUAUGUAAAUGGCCCUGGUCUUUGAAGAGGGGUUUGGGGAUCUCUUAAAAGGGAAGAACAACUGCAGUGUGAGUAAUUGCAGACACAGGAUUUUUAAUUUGAGCCAUCAUUUGGUGGAGUAUUUUAAUGAUCUUUUUUA